AUGCCUCAGUCUGCGCCUGAAAACACGACAGUCUCCCUAAGGGCACCGCAAGAGACAGAGAAACCGUACAGCGUGUAUUCCACAAAAGAGAAAUGGUUCAUCGUAGCACUAGUUGCAUUUGCCGGAUUAUUCAGUCCAUUAACUGCCAAUAUCUAUCUUCCAGCUAUUCCUGUUUUGACUGUGGAUUUCAAGAAAUCGACGGAGCUCGUAAAUAUAACGGUUACAGUGUACAUGGUCUUCCAGGGCUUGUCUCCUAUGCUUUUUGGAACUAUGGCUGAUCAAGUUGGAAGACGACCAAUGUUUGCAGCGUGCCUACUGAUCUUGUCGUUAUCUUGCAUUGGAUUGGCCCUUGUACCCACUUCUGCUUACUGGCUCCUCGUUGUGCUUAGGUGUGUGCAAGCCGCCGGGUCUGCUAGUACUAUUGCCUUAGGUGUGGGCACUAUCGGAGAUAUCGCAGCUCCGGCAGAACGUGGUGGGUUCUAUGGUCUGUAUAAUCUGGGACCUAUGUUUGGGCCAUGCAUCGGGCCAGUCAUAGGUGGAGCUCUCUCAAAUGGCUUAGGUUGGAGAUCUAUAUUUUGGUUCCUAUGUAUCUCCUCCGUCGCAUGCGUCGUUAUCAUUGUUCUAUUCCUCCCCGAAACACUACGGUCUCUUGUAGGAGACGGAAGUGCGGUCUCCUCGAAAAUCUAUCGACCUUUAAUUCGACUUGUUGGGAAAUCAACUUCUGAUCCCUCUUUUGCAAGGCCACUACCUACACCUUUUCGUAAUCCUCUUCGGAUUUUGAAUAACUUCGAUAUUGUCGUGGUUUUGAGCGUCAAUGCGGUCAUCAAUUCUUUGUAUUACGGAGUAACUGCAUCAAUGUCGACGCUUUUCAGUGAAGCUUAUCCUUCCUUGAAUCAAACUCAAAUCGGUCUUUGCUACCUGGCUAUUGGGGGAGGGAUGCUUUUUGGAUCGUCUGUGCUAGGCCGCGUGCUAGAUCAGGGAUAUGGAAGGUUGCGAAAGUCAGUGAUAGCUGCUCAGGGCCCAGGUAAUUUAGAGAAAAGCGACACUGGAAUCGAAGACAUCUUUCCUAUUGAGAAGGCUCGACUUGGACUGGUUCCCUUCAGCAUGCUAAUAUUUGCGGCAUGUUGCGCUGGAUAUGGCUGGUGCGUCCAAGAGCGAGUGAAUCUUGCAGGGCCGCUACUGCUGCAAGUAGCCAUCGGCUUCACGACCAUGGGAAUCAUGACCUCGACACAAACGCUUCUUGUCGAUCUGAUGCCUUCACAAAGUUCAUCUGUUACAGCGUGUAACAACUUCAUUCGCUGUGUCGCGGGAGCUGUGCUUGUUUCUACGAUGGAUCUCCUUCUCAGAGCGCUUGGUCCCGGGUGGACUUACAUUCUGCUGGCUGGGAUCUGUGUGUUGACGAUUCCUCUCGUUUACUUGACUAUCCAAAUUGGUCCACCUCGGCGUAUCAAACGAAGACGGGCAUUAUUAACUGCUCCGACACAGUAG